CAACACCUUCAAACAACAGGAGGAAUACCGGUGUACGUCUAACAUCGAAACCUGUCUUUUCCUGCUAACCACCAAUCGAGAUUAAGUCCACAAGUUACAUUGAUGGUAUCUCCUCCUUUUACCUUGAACCCGAGCCCAACCGACUCCUGAAUCACAGGCUACAAACAACAUCCUCAAGCACCACAUCCUCGAUACAUCCCGAUAAGACCUCACACAACAUGACUUCGGAAAAGGAUAUUCGGGAGCCCCUUCUGCCCUUUGGAGCCUCCCAGUCGCAUCCAAAAACACUCAAGUCGAAACCAAGAAACAAACGACGAUGUUGUGUAAAUCACAUGACAUUCAUCUUGCUUCUCGCAGUCGCGAUUUGGAUAGCGAUGGUUAUAAACUUUUUCCUACCCCAAACCUUCCAUCGCGAUCUCCAGCUCACAUCUCCCCCUCUUCAAAAAUGCGCCUGGGCUUCCCUUAAAGAACAUACUUCUCUUCUUGAUGUAAAAUCCAUCGCCAUAGAAGAAUUCCUAGAACGUCAAUCUAUACUUGCUGUCGCGUUGGAAAAAGCAGGCGUGGAUGCAUUUAUUGCCGAGCCUUCUGCUUCAACGGCAUAUUUUACUAAUAUCUCCAGCUCGUUUGAACUUUCCGAAAGACCUUUUUUGGUUAUUUUGGAUAAGAGGGGGCAUGCGUCGUUGCUGGUGCCGAAAUUUGAGAUUGGGAGGAUUACGGCAUUGGAUAUGGUAUUUGAGGAGAAGAGUGUUAUUGAAUGGAGAGAAGAGGAAUCGGCUUAUGAUGUUUUGGUUAAGGAAACGGGAUAUAAGAAGAUUAUGUUGGAUGAACAUGCGAGAUUUAUGAUUGCGGCGGGACUUCAGAAAAAUGGUGUUGAAGUGCUUCCUACGAGUUUAGAUAUUCAGUCUUUGAGAGCUGUGAAGAGUGAGAAGGAGUUGGAUAUUUUGAGGGGGGUAAAUGAAUUUACGGUGCAGUUGGUUAGGAGUUUACAACCGUGUAUUUCGGUAGGUAUGAGUCAGGAAACUAUUGUGGAAGCUGCUUCGGGACUUUUUACGCAAGCGGGUGUUGGGGAGGGAUUUUGGUCUAUUGUACUUUUUGGAGAACAGGCUGCAAAUCCUCAUGGUGGUGGUAAGGGGCGAGUUCUCCAAGAUGGAGAAUUUGUCCUAGUAGAUAUUGGCACUUCUCUCCAUUCGUACGGUAGCGAUGUGACUCGUACAAUUCUCCCUACGAAAUCAAAAGUUAGCAAAGAGUUGAUGGAUAUGUGGUAUUUGGUACACGAUGCACAAUCCGCAGCGAUAGAACGGAUGAAUAUUAACGAGACAUGUUCGGUUGUGGAUGAGGCGGCUAGGAAAGUAAUUAGACAAAAAGGAUACGGAGAAUUCUUCACACAUAGAUUGGGUCAUGGCUUGGGAUUGGAAAUGCACGAACAUCCUUAUUUGAAUGGAGUUAAUGGAGAGAAACUGAAAAUGGGUGAAGUAGUUACUAAUGAACCUGUAAGUCCACCUACUCUCCUCCCCGGCCCUAACAUUCCUCCAAACCCAGUAAUUCAAAAAUAAUCCUAACUGACCCGUGCUCGCUCCAACAAUAGGGUAUCUACAUAACAUCAGCCCAAGCCGCUAAAUUAGGCAAACCCGCUGGUUUUGGCGUCAGAAUAGAAGACGCAGUCUUGGUUACUGAGAAGGGGGGUGUAGUGAUGACGGGGUCGAGAGCUGUGUCUCCUUACAAACCUUGAUUGUAUUGUGAGUUGUUGAUUAAUUCCUUGGAAUAAGCGCGUGUGCGGAGUGAGUCUUGUUUAUGUUGUUUUUUGUGUUGGUAGUGGUGAAGGUGAAGAAGGGGUUCUGGAGUUGAGAUGCGGGUUUUAAAUGAUAUUGAGGGAAUGAGAGG